UUGGGGCCACCAAUACCCAACUGAAAAAAUUCAAACAAAAAAAGGAAAAACCAAGAAAGUGGGUCCACCAAAGGAAAAAAAAAUAAGGGAAAAAGAAGAACACAGAAGCACAGUUUGUGGGGGUGGUGGCCCUGUUGCUGUAGGGUUGUUAGAGACAGAAAAAUCACAAACAACACAAAUUUAGAGAGAGAAAACAAACAUCACGACAGGAGCUUUUGCCCUCCCUCUUUCAGAGAAGAUGGUCGAAGAGAGGUUCCUCCUCUGAGAUCAUCCUGAAAAGGGCAGUCAAGAAAAAAAAAAAAAUUUUAUUUUUUUUUCUUUUUUGAAAAAAAUUAUUUUAUGCAUUUUCUAUUUUUUCUUUACUGUCUUUUGAUUUUGAGUCUCAAUUCUCACCAAUCUCUCUUACCCAUCAUCAACCCUACGUUGUUUCACCUGCAUUUUUCUUCAAGAAUUGAUUAUACACAAACACCAACCAUCUUCAACAGCAGCAAAAAUUAAUUGUAUCAUUGACUGCCCCUUUGGCCCCAUUCUUUCUGCUUUGAUUGAACCUCAGAGAUAAAUUAUUGAUCUGGGUUAUGUGAAUGUUGGCCAAAAGGGAGUUGUUGUAACCUACAAAAAAAGUAAAAGAAAAAACAAAUUAUGAGGGAACCAAAUUUGGUCAUUAAUCUGAAGAGGGUAGCCGAAAUUUCUGUCCAUUGUAAUAGACUUUGUGCCUUGUAGUAAAUUUGUGUACACAUAUCUGUCGAUAUAUUUGUAAAUCCAACAAAUUGUUGUUGUUGUUAUUGUUAAUUUGUUACGCCUCCGAGCAAUUUCGGAGUGGUUGUUUUGUGCAAAUCAAAAAUCUGGCGAGUCUGUAUAGAGUCCUGGCUCUCUGCGGCCUCCACCACUGCUACCUAUGGUUUUCCAAUCAAUGGGGGUUAAAUGCAACACUUAUGGAAUCCAGCUAUCGUGCUUUGCGAUAUUGAUUCUUGUUUUGGAUAUUCAAGGGUGUUUUUCACUUAAUUCUGAAGGAUUGGCAUUGUUGGAAUUCCGCAAAAGAGUGGAUUAUGAUCCGUAUGGAGCUUUUGCAAAUUGGAAUGUCAAUGAUAAUGACCCAUGUAUGUGGUCAGGUGUUUUUUGUGUCGACGGUGAAGUGCAAAUGCUGGAACUCAAUGGGCUAUCUUUGAAUGGAGAACUGGCCUCUGAACUUGGGAACCUUACCCACCUGAGAUCUCUUGUACUUUCAAACAACCAUUUUUUUGGUGCCAUCCCUAAAGAGAUUGGAGGACUUACAAUCCUUGAGGUAUUGGACUUGAGAAAUAAUAAUUUAAGCGGAACUAUUCCAGCAGAAAUAGGAGGACUACAGUUGCUAAAGCGCUUGUUGCUUUGUAACAAUAACUUCGAUGGUGACCUUCCUCCGGAGCUCGGCAAGCUCAAUUUGCUCUCUGAAUUGCAGUUUGAUGAAAACCUUGCAUUUGCUGUCACAACUAAGAUCGGCUGCAUAAAUAGAAAAUUUGGACACUGCAUGUGGCAAAGCAGUUUGAAACAACUGAAGAAAGCUGAUUCAUUCAUGAUCCCAAUUAAAUGGACACUUCUACGUUACCUCAAUGUGUUGCCAUUGUUCAAAUCUGGAAAGGAUUCCUUACACAACCCUGCAUAUAAUUGUUGUGACGAACUACCGGAAGGUGCAAAUGACAUGCACGUGGUCCAAAAUGUGCAAAACCUAGUUAAUAUGGUAAGGCGUAGGCUACUUCAACAGUCUAGUAACCUUGCUGCUGCCCCGGCUAGUGGUAGCUUCCCUCCUGACCAAAUCAUCGCUCUUCCAUCUACCCGGAGUAGCGGGUCUUUCCCUGCUGUACCAAAUGCAAAAAAGGGACAAUCUCAUCCACCCGUUUCUUCUCCAGCUGAUCUUGCACCCCAACAGAAUCAUAAUACAUCAAAUCCCAAUAGCCAGAUUUCCGGUUCUAUUAAUCAAUCACCUGAUCAAAACCCUUCAUCUGGUGGAACUUCUGGGAAUACAUGGAAGUAUAUAGUUGUGAUUUCGGGCAUUGUUGUCUUGCUUAUUGUUGCUGCGGCGAUGUUCUUCAUGUGUCGGACUCAAGCAGUGUCAAACAUUGGUCCUUGGAAGACUGGACUGAGUGGACAGUUGCAAAAAGCCUUUGUUACAGGAGUACCUAAGCUAAACCGAGCAGAGCUAGAAACUGCUUGUGAGGAUUUUAGCAACAUUAUUGAUACCAUAGAUGGUUGCACCGUAUACAAGGGAACAUUAUCAAGUGGAGUUGAGAUUGCUGUUGCAUCAACCGCAAUAACAGCUGCUAGUGACUGGUCAAAACGCUCAGAAGUGGCCUAUCGGAAGAAGAUUGAUACAUUGUCAAGAAUAAAUCACAAAAACUUUGUCAAUCUUAUCGGCUACUGUGAGGAGGAAGAACCUUUUACUAGGAUGAUGGUGUUUGAGUAUGCUCCAAACGGAACCCUAUCUGAGCAUCUUCACGUUAAAGAAGUUGAACAUCUUGACUGGAAUGUGAGGUUGAGAAUUAUUAUGGGAACCGCAUACUGUCUUCAACACAUGCAUGACCUGAAUCCACCCGUGGCACAUUUCAAUCUCAAUUCAAAUGCUAUCUUUUUGACUGAUGACUAUGCUGCUAAAAUUGGAGAGAUCGGUUGUUGGGCAGGGGCUGCUCCGUCCAAGUCAAAAAUUUCAGGGGAAAAUGAAUCUGAGCAUUCUGCACUGCCACCAUUAUCUGAUCCUGAAACAAACGUGUACGGUUUUGGAGUACUGUUGCUCGAAGUUAUUUCUGGGAAGCUCCCUCAUUCAGAAGAACAAGGGCCUUUAGUAAACUGGGCUAAUGAAUACUUGAGCAAUAAAGAGAGUUUCAGCAACAUGAUCGAUCCAACCUUGAAGUCAUCCAAAAACAAUGAGCUUGACAUCAUCUGCGAGGUAAUCCAAGACUGCAUUCAACAAGACGCGAGGAAGAGACCAACCAUGAAAGAAGUCACUUCAAGAUUGAAGGAAAUUAUUGCUAUAACGCCUGAUCAAGCGGUUCCCAGACUCUCUCCCCUCUGGUGGGCUGAACUUGAGAUCCUAUCGGCGGAGGCGUCUUAAUUCACUUCGACACCUGUGUACUCUGUUGUAAGUCGAUUCCACCUCACUUUGUAUCAUUACGCAAAAGAGUGCCUUUUCGCGGCCUCCCAACUAAAUUCUAUCAUUACUUUUAACAA